AUGUCAGAUGCACAAGUCCAAAGGGACGAAUCUAAAUAUUCACGAACUGCAAUUGCUUCAUUAAGAGAAUUAAAUGCUAAACUCUUAGCCGAAAUUGCCGAGCCGGGACACCAUGUCACAUUAAU